UUGCAUUGCUCUCAUAUGCAAACAUAAAAUCCUCAAGUUUGAAAAUUAGCUUUAGGGUAGCAACUAGCAAGAGUAGUAAAAGUUGAAGCGGAAAAGAUUAAACUAGCUCAGUCAAGUUUACUUGGGUAAUUAAUUUUAUUAUCGAAAAAAAUUUCUUGUUCCUCAGCCACCAAAAACAGAUCACAGAACCCAGAUCAACGCUCUUCCACCUUUUCCAAUUCCAUCGAUUUUGAAGAUUUAGAGAUCAGAUUUUCCAGAAAAUUGAAUUCUAUUCUUAGUUUUUUGCAGGGUAUGGCGACAUCGGCUCAAGUAGUGAAUAAGUUCUUAAUUGCAUCGGUUUUGAUGUGGGUAUUUCCAAUUGCCAUUAUUUAUGGCUUUCAGCAUAAUUUGUUUCCUGGUUUAGCGAACCUUUCUCCCUAUUAUCAGACACUAUUGGUUGGAUUUCUGGCUGUUAUAUCAGUUAACGUGGUAAUUGCGUUUUACAUAUACAUGGCGAUGAAAGAGCCUUCAGACAAGCAUGAGCCAGAUCCAACAUUCCUUGCCAAUGCUAAAGCCAGUAUAAACCAAACCAAACCUGAGGGUGGUGAAAAAGAGGAGUAGAACUUGGAAGAGCAAGUCACUAACUGCUUACUCGCCAGUUGCCAACUGAAGUUGGAGAAAAGAGGGGCUGGGGUUAACGGCAGGUUAUCAGGUGAUCACCCUAUCAUUGAGAUAAACAUGCGAUCACAAUUUUCGUUGUGGCUGAGACAUACUUGGGUGAAAGUAUUUUCUGAUCAAUAUAGUGAUUUUUGCAAGAUGUUACCAAAUAUGAUAGGUUCGUAUAAUUCAGGAAUUUAGAAAUAUGAAUUUCUUUCCGUGGGCAUGUAUUAAAAUGUGGGAAGUUUACCUCAGCCCUGAGUGCAUGAAAACGAUGUAUUCCAUAUUGAUUUUGACUUAACAUUACUCAUAUUAGUUGUGUAACGCCUCGUUAAUUUGCAAUUUUUCUCA